AUGGAGGACCUUCGCCAAUGGAAAUACUUUCUCCUCUGCCGGCAUUGCAAAAGAGCUACGCGCGGCCGUUCUCAGCGCCGUUUGAGCCUCUUCGACCCAAGCUGGUCCUUGCAGCACUUCGUCUCCCAUAGUGAAGACGUGCUACCUGCGCUGGAAAGCCGAGGGAAAGCGGCCAACCAGGCAAAUGCGAAGACUUGGAUGGCUCGUGCAGAAGAGCAGAGCUCGAGAUCACUUUACCAAGCUUGCAUAGCCCGGGAGUUGAGUACAAAGAACACGCAUCUCGAUGUUUGGUGGACACAUGUUCUGGCACCAAGAUUGCUUCUUUUCAUGCACAGAACAGAUCUGGCCGAUGAACUCCUACAGUACAUGGUCAAACAAGGCGCCUUCAAAGUACGAUCUCUUGUCCCGGCUCACCUACUCCGUGAGACUGGCCCAGUGCGUGGAAAUAGGCAGCACGAGCAGAUGGCGUCGUCCGGUUCCGCGAAUCUGCGAAGCAAAAAAGGUCUUGAUGCAGGCACCCCGCCUCUCGAUCGGAGCAAAGUGGAAGGGCCGGCGGAGAGUUUCAGACCUGAAGGGAAGCAUGACGAUGAGGAAGACAGAUUGCUCGGUCUGUUUGUUGAAGUCUCUCGCUUAUCGGUACAGCUCACGACUCGCAUGGCAGACAUGGAUGAGCUGAAGUCCGUAUACUUGGGCCCAUCGAAGGAGUCACGUGCAGCCAGCGCCAUACUCGAGAGUCAGCAGGGACGUCUGAUGACAGAGGGUCCGUUAUCGUCGGAACAAGAUAUGGCGAACGGACGCAGAGGCCAGAAUGUGCCGAUCUGGAGAGUAGAUCCAUGGAAGAAACCGUGGCAGGCCAAAGGAUGGAGCAAUGGAUUUCGACCAGACCAGAAGCCCAAGAACACUACUGCUGCAAGUCGCAAGAUCGAGCUGCGAGAUAUCAUAGCAAGCAUGGGAUGA